AUGAAGGUCCUCAUCACCGGUGCCUCAGGCAGAACCUCUGGCUACGUCCUCAAGGCCCUCCUCAGGUCACCCUCCCCACCCGACCUGCGUCUCUUCGUGCGCUCCGAGGCCGCCGUCCAGAAGCUCACCUCCCAGCACCCGCGCCUCUCCCCAGCGGACUUCGCGCUCGGCGACUUCCUCGAGGCGGGCACGCUCCCGCCCGCGCUCGACGGCAUCGACGUCGUGUUCCACAACGCGCCCGUGUUUCACCCGAACGAGGGAGCGAUGGGCAUCGCGCUGAUCGACGCGGCGAAAGCGGCGGGCGUGAAGCACUUCGUGUACUGCAGCGUGCUCUUCCCGAUCUUGACGAAGAUGCAGCACCAUAAGGUGAAGAGGGAUAUCGAGGAAUACCUGAUCGAGUCGGGCCUGAACUACACCAUCUUGGAGCCCAGUUCCUUCAUGCAGAACAUUGACCUGCAAGCCACGCUGAGGUCGUCCACUAUCACCGCCGGCUACUCCCAGACGACCCUCCAAGGUUUCCUCGACCUCGGUGACCUUGCGGACAUUGCGGCGAAGGUUAUCCUCGAUCCCGCACCGCACAACCGCGCGAGGUACGAGCUGGUGGGCGAGAACUGCAGCAUGGAGGACAUCGCGCGUAAGCUGUCCGCGCACCUGGGCAAGGAGAUCGCCGUCCAGAAAGCAACGGAACAUCCCAAAUUACCAAGCGGGUACAUGGUGGAGACGAUGGACAGGAUGCUGUUCUACUAUGACAGACGUGGUAUCCCGGGGAACAAUAAUGUGACGCGAUGGCUGCUGGGUCGGGAGCCGACAACUUGGAAAGCGCUGAUCCAGCGUGAAGCGAAGGCUUAG